CGGCCCAUUGGGACAAGGGAGCCGGACCGCGCAUGGACCAGGGGCCGGGGCCCCAGGGGGCCCCGCGGGAGGGCAAGGCCGAGGACCCGCAGCAGGAUCAGGUCCAGUCCGUGCAGGGCCGCGGCCGCGUGGUGCUAAUCAGAGAGUGCUGGAGGCACGAAGACAGCUCCACGACCUUGGAGAACUUUCUGGAGCAGGCCCCGCCGGAUCCGCCCGCCGGGCCCUCGUCCAGCGGAGCCCCGAGCUGCCACAGCAGCGCCAGCAAAGGCGCCCGGCGGCGGCUCAAGCGCUGCGGCGACGAGGGCUGGACCUGCAGCUCUGACUGCCCGGCCGCCAAGUCCCAGCGCUGCAGCGAGGAGCCGCGGCACGCCGAGCGCAAGGCGGCGGCCACCGGCCCGCGCGAGGCGCCCGAGGCUUGGCCGGCGACGCCCGCCUCUGCCCGGGAGGAGGUGGCGGCGGCGGACGCGCGGGCGCCGGGCGGGCCUCCGCCGCAGCCGCGGGUCGAGCGCGGGGAGCAGCUGCUGCUGGUGAUGUGCCGCGCCUCGACGCUGAGCACGCAGCUGCCACGCCUGCAGCUGCUCCUGCGGCAGGUGCGCGCCCGCGACCGCCGCCCGCCCGCCGCGCUCGUCGGCGUCGUGGUGCAGCCGCAGCCGGACGAGGAGGCCGAGGCGCGCCGCCGCCUGGAGAGCCUGCUCUGCAGCGUCUUCGCGCCGCACGGCGCCGCUGUGGAGGUGCACACGGCCGUGUUCUGCCCCAGCCGCCCCGAGGGCGCCCUGGACGUCCGGCGCGCCGCCCCCCCAGCGCACGGGGGCCGCCUGGUGGACCGCGCGACCCAGACGGAUGGUGAAGAGCACACUGUUAACACAGAGGAAGCCUGAUGACCCGCUCCACCCGACCACGCCGGGGCUUGGGAAGCCGACGCUGCCGUCAUCCCUGUGAUGGAUCUGAGAGAGUUUUCAUGUUCUCAGCAGCUUGCAUGUUUGUAAGGGAAAAAAAAAACUGCCAAAUGUGAGUUUCUCAUCAAAGCUGGGGCGCUCUCCCCCAGCCUCCACCUCCCUGGCUCCUGUCCACCGUGGGGGCUUUGGAGGAAGGGGAAGCUACUCUGAGAUGGAAAGAGGCUGUGUGUCAUGGAAGGUUUGGUCUUCAGGGGCGCUCCAGGUCUGCAGGAAAGUUACCCAAAACGCACGGACUGCGUGGUGAGCACAGAUUUUUUGGACGGGAAAGGAGUCCGUGGGAACCAGUGACAGAGCUGUCUUACGGUGAGACAGCUCACCUGGCCUAGGAACGCAGCGGCUGAGGGGUGCCUGCAGGUGGCGCUCCUGUCACGGGAUCCAGUUGGCCCAGGCCCUCCCGCCUCUCCCCCACCAGGCCUACCCGGGCCAGGGCCGCUGCUGUCACCUGGAGGACCGGGAGCAAAGGCAGCAGGCUGGCCGAGCAGAAAGCUGCCCUGGAGCACUGCCCUAGGCGUCACCCUGGCUUUUGUGACCUCACAGGAGGAGAGGGUGACUGUUGUGUGCAGUGGGGCCUGGGGCCAGUCAGAGGCCAGAAUCGCACCCCGAGGGCAGAGGGCCGCCGGGCCCCUCUAGGAGGGAGCCAGGGAUUAGGCAGCUCCAUGUAGGUCCACGUUCGGCUUGGGAGGCCCCACC